GAGGAGCUGGAUGAGGGAGAGACCGAGAAGGUGGAGUGCAGGCAACAGACAGUACAAACACAGCGGGGUCCAGGGCUCUGAUUCUUUUCGGCCCGGCGGCUGACUUUAACGGUAGUGUACCUCUGGACGAGGUAAACUGCAGUCUGGAUUACAACAAACCGGGGGGAGAAGAGAGCAGAGUGGAAACGCCCGGGAUGAAAGAGGAAUAAAGAUAUAGCUGAUAGCUAUUACAAAAAAGAAAAAGGGAGCGCGACAUCACAAACGAGCCACAGAGGAGGAAACAGACCCCGGCCAGAAACCCCAUUAGCACGGACACAGAGGAGGAGGUGGAAUUAAAGGGAGAAAGGCUGAUAAGUAACACAAGACAAGAGAGCUAUUAUCACUAGGCAGGUAUGGCAGAUGCAGAGCUGGACUUCCAGACAGGUGAUGCCGGGGCAUCCGCCACCUACCCAAUGCAGUGCUCGGCCCUGCGCAAAAAUGGCUUUGUUGUGCUGAAAGGUCGACCCUGCAAGAUCGUUGAGAUGUCCACCUCCAAGACUGGCAAGCACGGCCACGCUAAGGUGCACUUGGUUGGUAUCGACAUCUUCUCUGGUAAGAAGUAUGAAGAUAUUUGUCCCUCCACCCACAACAUGGACGUCCCCAACAUCAAGAGAAUGGAUUACCAGCUCAUUGGGAUCCAAGAUGGCUACCUGUCCCUGCUCCAGGACAGCGGGGAGGUGAGAGAGGACCUCAAGAUUCCUGAGGGAGACCUGGGAAAAGAGAUAGAGAGCAAGCACGAUGCCGGAGAGGAGAUCCUGAUCACCGUUUUAAAUGCAAUGGAUGAAGAAGCUGCAAUUGGCAUCAAAGCCUUCGGUAAAUAAGCCACUGCAGGUAAAUACAGAGCUACAGCUGCUUCGACACGCAGCUGUCCUCUCACCCUCCCCCAACUACAGCCUGACCCAAGCCUGCCUGAAGAGGAGAGUGUGUGUGUGCGUGCGAUGUAAAAUAAUGUUUGUAUGUGUGUGUGUGUGUGUGUGUGUGUUUGGAUGUUACACCACAAGCCACCAGCAUGUGCCAUGCCAGUGCAAGUGCGUGUGAUGUCAUGUAUAGUUUAUUGUUCAUCAGUGGAGCAAGGGGGAGGCAACUCCAGUCAGCAAGAUCCAAGGCUGCUGCCGAGUCGUGAUGUUUAGAUUUUACCUUCGGUAUUAUAGAAGAAAGAGGACAUGCCACCUUAAAAUCUUACAAUUAAGUGUAUCGACUAUACUGGAAAUAUCCAUGUUUUCCCAUAAUCCUGCAUUGCAUAAUUAUGUUUUACGUGUAUAUAUUUGUUCGAACUGGACAUUAGUGGUCAGCGGAAAUUUAAAGAUUUAUAAUUGAGGAAAUGUAACUAAUUCCAUGAAAAUUUGAGGCUUGUAUGAAAUGACGGUUACUGAGCAGUGUGUACUCCGGAUUUGCCUGCCCCUUAACGGUCUUCUUUCAUGUUAACACUAUUACGAGCAUGUGUAUCAUUUUUACGUAGCACUAUCGAAUAUAAACAAAAGCUUAAAGUUCAUAAUGUAUUUUUGAGCUAUGUUGUAUUUUUUUUUUUUUUCCUGUGGGUUGCACUUCAUUUUACAGCCUGAUAUAGCCAGUUGCUUCCUGUAUUUCCCUCUAAGAAACGGCUUGUAGCGUUGUUGUAACUGUUGGGUCAAACUGUUUUAUGCACUUUCUUUCCUGCACUUUCUCACCUGCAACCUGCAGGCUGUAGAAUAAAGUGUCCACAAAAAAUAUGCUUAAAAGCUGUUGUUUGUGCAAUGUGUCCUCUGUGGAGGACAGUUAAAACACUCACUGUCUCAUUAAAAUAUGUUUCUCUCGUUUUUCUCAAGUAUCUUCCCUCUCUGGUUUCUGACUUUUCUUUCCUCUUUUUCUUCUCAUUCCUCCCCCCUUGUAAUUCUGUUUCAGGGGCAAAACGAGAUGCACUGGACCUGGGGAAAAGGAGGGGAUAUUGCCUCGUCAAUGCUAUUCUCCCUCUUUUUUCUUUCUUUUUGUCUUCGUUUUUCAUACUCUCUCUCCCUCACUCUGUUUUCUGACCUUCCUUUUGGGUUUAAUUAGAGAUGAAUUUUAAUAAAUAAUUGGAAAAAAAUCUAUAUGUACAUUCACACGUAAUGAAACCACAUUUAAGGCCAGGCAUACAGAUGUAAAAAGGCGAGAGGAAGGUCUCUCACUCAUAACUGAGUAGGUCUACAAAUAUUCAGUAGCUACCUACCAUCAGGGGAAAGAAAAGUGGUGAUAAUGUCUGUUUUGUUUUUUUAUAUGUUCCCCUGUUUUAUCAAGGGCUUCAACUCUAGAUCUGCGUUGUUCUGUUGAGGCUUGUUCAGAGUGUGUGCCGUACAGGACUGAAUAGGCGACUAGGUUCUGUCUUUUCUGUGUGGCACUUUUCUUUUGGCAGUUGAUCUGAACAAGCCUGUCCUUUUGCUGUUUAUUUCAUCACCUCAAACUUGUCUGUUAAACAAAGGUUACCAACAUGGCACAGCCAGGUUCAGUUUCUUUUUGUCUCAAGGUGUGAAGCGUCAAAGAGAAACAAAACCCUGCUCCGACAACACAAAUUCUCAUUUGUUUGAAGUCCUACAGCCAAACCUCAAUCUAACUUCAUUCGCUUCUUAAAAAACCCCUUUUGCAGAGAGCUCAGACCGGGCCUUCACACAGAGCUGUUUGGAGAAAUGACUAGAGUAUUAUUUGGCGUGCUGUCAAACUUUGAGCAAUGAUUCAAGAGGCAGACAAGUUGUGGCAGUUUGGUAUCCUUACUUUGUGUUCAUAACAGCAAGUCCAAACUGUGCAGAAUGUCUCCAUGGCCAAAAAAAUAAAGAUGACACAAACUGUUGGA